CCAUUCCAUGGCUGGAGGUUUGGCGGAGACGGACAGUGCAAACGCAUACCUAAUCUCGAAAAAAGCGAAUUGAAAGCAUUGAAUGCAAGGGUUAAGCGGUGGCGAGUGAUGGAGCGAAACGACAUGAUAUACGUCUGGCAUCACAGCAGCGAUGCAGAGCCCGACCACUGCCUCCCAGACCUGUCCAAGAAGUACAACAUUCCCAACAUUACAGUACUCUCAAAAUACACCUACAAGAUAUACACAUCAGUGCAGCAAGCAAUGGAAAACCUAAUUGACAUCGAGCACCACCACUAUGUGCAUGCACAUUUCAUUAGGGGCGUGUUGAGCACCAAGUUUAUUAUAACGGGCGAUGGCACUGAGGAUAGCCCGCUGGUCGUAUUGUACGAGCUAUAUCUAUUUAACCGCAAAGCGACCACCAUGCAUAUGGAGCAAAAGUUGUGCACACCCACAUACGCCGAGUGCCACAUCAAAUACAUCGGUAUACCAGGGGUUACGCCCGCGCUGUCAAUCGUGUCGGCUAUCAGUUUGGCGCCCGAAAGAAUUUUCCUCAACACCCGUAUUCUGGGCACUCCUACCCUAUGGAAUCAAAUUGUACUAUGCCUAGUUGAAAAGGGGGUCGGAAGGCGGUGGGUAUGCUAUUUGGAAGAGGAGAUGUGA